AUUCCUUUGUGCACACGCCGACGCCGCACGCGCUCACUGCCGAAGAGAUGCUUUGCAUGCGUUUGGUUUAGAGACGGGGACGCGCAGCGGUGCAGACGCGUGUUUAUAUUUGCCAUCAUUUUUACGUUUCAUAUCUGAUAUCGGAGAAAUGCGAAUCAUGCCGGUUUUUAAACUACGAGUUUGCGUCUCCCUGUAACUGGCACGGUUGUCUGCACUCGGCAAUAAGGCAUCGAGAGAUAUGCAUAUAUGCAAUCAAGUGGAGGCGUCAUAAAGAACAGCCUCGGUGAGGAGUUUUACCGCGAGGCCAUCGAGCACUGCCGCAGUUAUAAUGCUCGACUAUGCGCCGAGCGCUCCAUGCGUCUGCCCUUCCUCGACUCACAGACAGGCGUAGCACAGAGUAACUGCUACAUAUGGAUGGAGAAGACCCAUCGGGGGCCAGGCGUGGCUCCCGGGCAGUUGUAUACCUACCCUGCACGCUGCUGGAGAAAGAAAAGACGGUUGAACAUCUUAGAUGAUCCGCGUCUUGGACCUAUUGAGUUUAAAAUUGAUUAUGAGGCAGCGCUUAAGAAGGAAGGCGGCGUUCCUGAAGGUCCGGUGCUAGAGUCUCUUCUCAGUGGAGAGCUGCUGGAUAAGAAGGUCGAGACAAAGGAAGAGGAACCUAUGAGUGAAUGCCAGAAGCUGCUGGUGGGAGACUUUCCUCAUGAACUGGAUGUAGAAGAGUUAGAAGAAGAUGUCCCUAAACGCAAGAACCGCACCAAAGGACGGGCAUGUGGUGUUGGGGGAAUGAGGAAAAGACAGGACCCAGCAUCUCUAGAGGACCGAGACAAGCCAUAUGUGUGUGACAUUUGUGGGAAGCGCUACAAGAACCGUCCAGGUUUGAGUUACCACUACACUCACACACACCUGGCAGACGAAGAAGGUGAGGAAGACUCCGAACGGCACACGCUGCCCUUCCAGCGCAAGAACAACCACAAACCCAAAAAAGCAGCUGACGGCUCUGUCAUUCCCAACGGCUACUGCGACUUCUGUCUAGGAGGCUCUAAGAAAACAGGCUGUCCCGAAGAUCUCAUAUCCUGUGCCGACUGCGGCCGAUCGGGUCAUCCGUCGUGCCUGCAAUUCACCAUCAACAUGACGGCCGCCGUGAGGACGUACCGCUGGCAGUGCAUCGAAUGCAAAUCAUGCAGCCUGUGCGGCACGUCAGAGAACGACGAUCAGCUUUUAUUCUGUGAUGAUUGCGACAGAGGGUACCACAUGUAUUGUCUAAGUCCCCCCAUGGCGGAACCUCCGGAGGGGAGCUGGAGUUGCCACCUAUGUCUGCGCCAGCUAAAAGAAAAAGCAUCCGCCUACAUCACGCUAACUUAAUCAACAUGCCCUUCUUCACCCUACCAGUCUCAUCCGCCUCUAUCCCAUCAUCACAGAUCCAAAGAGACUCCCCCAUCAUCAACCAGAAGAAAACAUUGUUUCAUUUGCCAUGCAUGGUGACUGCAAGAAAGACAACCCGGAGCCACCGACAUUUUUGUAGGUUUAAUGCGAGUUGGGACUAAAGCAGACAUUUCAGUUCCUCCAAAGAGCUCCGUCUUUUAUGGACCAGAGGGGUCUUCUUCUUGCCGAACUCUGUUUUAUGGUGGCUGGGCAAGUAGUGCCAAAUGGUUUGUGGUUGAGGAGACACUUUUUGCACGAAUGGGGCAUUUCAGUGGGAGGAUUCUCAUAAGAUGACGACGCACCAACUGCAGAUGAGACUAAAACCACAUGAUCUCACCAAAGCUUGUGAUUGGUCCUGCUCUGAUGAGAGAAAGUGGUGCCGACGUGCCAUUUAUUCUUCGCGGUAUUCUUUGAUAAGCAGACACCAGCACGUAAUGAGAUCGUGGUAAAGCGUUCAAUUUGGCCUUAUUCUUGCUAUAAUUAUAACUAUUAGAGAUGAAUGAAGUUAUUGGUGAUAAAAAUAAUUCAUAUCCCUUCAAGGUAUAACAUUUGAUUAAUAUAUCACAGAAAUAGUCUGUGUUUAAUGACUUUUGACCAAAAAGGUCUGAAUGCUGCAAACAUGUUCAUGCAUAGAUAACCCUUUAUUAAAAAUGUGAGAGGUGCAUGUCUAUCAACCAGAGUGUAAAAACGAAAAGUAAAAAAUUUCUUCGGUACUUCCAACACGUUCCCCACAGCCUCUUCCUGUUUUGAAAAGCCAACGUAAAUAUUCCCUCUCAGCCAGGGUGCGUUUGUAAGAGUGUAUAUUAAUCGGGCAACGUCUGUCCUUGUUUUAAAAACAGGGCGUUAAACGUUCAAUUGCUCACUUUUUUAUAAUGACUUGCUUGCAUGUUGUAAUAGUAUCGUUUUUAAAUAAUUUAAGGACAAAAAAAUUGAAGAAAGCACACUUAAUCUGCAAUAAUGUUUUUGUGUUUCGUGACCCUCUCUGGGUAAGUUGCGUCUGUAUGUAUGUGCGCUUUAAAAACUUGAGAAUGCUAGUGGGCGGAGACUACAGUGCUAAAGUGGGAGGAGCUUGCUGUUUUUUGAUGCUGUUUUUGAUGAUUCCUGGACAAACUGAAAACCAGCUUGGAGAUACUUUUUCCCGGUCUCUUUGGAGGGGCAUUUUUUCCUUUUAUGUGACGAGAAAAUUGUGCACCUUUUUUGUAGAAUGAGCUCUUUAUUAUCCGUACGUCUGUUUUGUGUUUUGAACUUGCUACUGUGGCCUGCUUAAAAGAAGUUAAAAUGUCAAACAAAUUUCCGAGGAGUGUUCGGGAACGGUGGGACGUGUGAGAUUGCGCUGAGGUGACCGUCUUCAUCCAAAAGUCCCCUCUUAUCCGUGGCCUAACUGAAAAGACUGCCUGCCAUUUUCUCUAUUCGGAGUCCUUGAGCUUUAAGUUGCGAGACAUUUUGCUGUAAAUAGAUAAGUGCUCUGUCUUUCCUGAAUCGGUCCCUGUUAUAAACUCAAGUGAAAUGUUUCAUGUGCUGUAAUGCAUCAAAAUGUGAAAACCGCCUUUUCUACACACAAAGUUAGUGGAAUAUUAAUCCAUGUUAUUUCUAUUUUUAUAUCAUUUUCAAAUGUAUGGUUUCAAUGAGCGCUAUGCCAUUGUUAAGUGUUACAUAGGUGAUAGGUUCAAAUACUUUUUAAAGCAGUUUUGUCUUCAGUAGAAAUAGUCUUGAUUUCACAUUUUGAUAACUCAACUUCUCUGUUAAACCGACUAUGACACCCUCAUUGUUCUUGUUGUAGUUCUGACUAUUUGCACAGUCUGUGGGAUUGUUUGUUUGGAUGAGGGUGCAACUGGAGCAUUUUGAUAAUAAAAUGAAAGCAAUUAAAUCGCCAUAUGUCGACAUUGUAGACCAAUGUCCAUAUCCACACAUACAGUACAUGAAAUGUAGUGUUUCAGCUCUUUUCAUUUAAACCUCAGAGAAAAUUUUAAAGGUGAAGUGUGUCAUUUUUUCAUGUGAAAAUCGUUCUCCUAUCCCCAUUUAAUGCACAACUGUAAGCCAUUUGAAGGUUGACUUCCAGACUCCAAAACGCUGUUUUUGUGUCGCUUUCAAAACAUUGCUUUGUUUGUUCGAGGGGCUCGACAUAGCAACAUCAGCUCAACCAAUGGCAAGAGUUUGCGGUGGGACUAAAUGCUUGUCACUGACCAAUGAAAAGAAAGGAUGGAAAUUGUUAGUGGAAAAUAUAUUUACUGUUCAAUUCAGUGCCACUCGUGACAGAAAUUAUUACACACUUCACAUUCUCUUAAAGGGAUAGUUCAUCUAAAAAAUUAAAAUAACCCAGUGAUUUACUCACCCUCAAGCCAUCCUUGACGUACAUGAUUAUUUUUUGGAGCCGAACAAAAUUGGAGUCAUACUAGAAAAUUUCCUGGCUGUUCCAAGCUUUAUAAUGGUAGUAAAUGGUGCUUCUGAUUUGAAGCCCAAAAAUGUCUACCCACCCUUUUGUAAUGCAUACAGCUCCAGGGCGUUAAUAAAUGCCUUCUGAGGGACAAAGAUGUGAUUUGAAAGAAAAAUAUCAAUAUUUAAAAACUCAAGGGAGUGCGUUUCCGGCGUAUGACGUAGGACAUAGCGUACGAGACCUAGUGAUGAAUGCAGAAGCGCAGAGAGGAAAACAAAAUGCCAGUCCAUCGCCUGACUGGCGUUUGUUUUGUCACUACGCAACUACGUCUCAUACGUUACAUUCUUCGUCAUCAACUUGAGAUGCACUUUAUCGUGAACACAAGCUGGAGCCGCUGGAGCCAUGUGCAUUACUUCUAGUGUCAAAUGCAGGAAGAUCCCUGUUUCAGAUGUCUCUGAACUUCCGCAUUCGUCACUACAUCUCGUACGUUAAGUAUGUCAACCGCUGGAAAUGCACUCUCUUGUUAACAUACAUCGGUUGUUACAGAAACCUAGUUAGUUUACUUUAUAAAGCUUUAAAUAUUGAUAUUUGUCUUACAAAAUUGGAUCGUUUGCCCAUAGAAGUAUUUUUGGGCACCAUUUACUACCAUUAUAAAGCUUGGAACAGCCAGAACACUUUCUAAUAUAACUCAGAUUGUGUUCAUCUGAAUAAAGUUUAUCAUAUACAUCGAAGAUGGCUUGAGGGUGAGUAAAUCGUGGGGUAGCCUAAUUUAAAAAAAUUAUGUGAACUAUCCCUUUAAAAUGCACAACUAUUUGAUUUCUCUGCCUUGGUGAGAUUUUGAGUUAGAAAUGAACUUUGUGGUAUUUUUAAGAACAUCAAAUGAUUGUCAUGCUGGAAAUAAUUUCCAGUUUGUAUGAAAAUAAGUGUUAAGCCUUUAUCGAUGAGGGGUGGAGUCAUAAUGAUGUGAUUUUAUUAUCAGUAGCCUAAUGUGAGAGUACGAAAAGCAAGCAUGGGUACACAAACUUGUGCAUUUUCAACACUUUAACCUGAUUUUUUAAUAGUGAGCCAUUUCAAUGAAGACCACUUUAGAUUUUUCUGACCAGAUACUCCUCAAUUAGUCUUUAAUCUGUCUCGCCGAGUUUUUGCAGGGGGUUGUCUACCUGUAUAUUGUUGUGCUGUGAUUUUUGCUUGCAGGUUCUCUUGACCAUUCCCCGACAAAUACACAAAAAACAAUGUUCGUGUGUGAGAGGCUGCGUGCGUGUUUUCCGUUCUUGUAACUGUCCAGUGAAAAAUAAAAGAGAUGUAUGGAGAAAACAAGUGUGUUUUGACUCAGGACUGAGUUGUAUAUUUGUUUUCUUUGAACUUGAAAUGGGUGCUCCUACUGUACAUGGAUCUGAGUGGCCGUGAUUGCUGCUGCUCACGAUCCGUUUUAAAGAAUGUCCUUUGUUUUAUUUCUGUCCAUUUUGACAAGCAGGAAAUAAAAAAAAUGUACCAUUAUCUGA